AGUAAAUAUUAAUACAACCUUAUUGUAAUUUAUUUAAAUUUGCACAUUUGAAACGUUAGUGGAAAAAAUGUUAAAUUCACAACGACUUUAUUAUCUUCGAAAUAUUAAUAAACGAUUUAAAUCUAAAGCAACUAAAGACAGCGUGAAAUAUUUAGAAAUUAUAUCAAAUAAAACCCCAAAAAUCAAGUAUGUAAGCGCCAACGACGUGAACAAUUUAAAAGUUUCAAAUAAAUCCAAGGGUUUUGCCAAAAUUGGUGCAUGUGUCUAUUUAAAUUUUCCAAAUGCAAAAUAUUCCACAGACAGUUCGAAAGCAGGUAAACCAGCCGGUGUUCCUCCAAAAUCGGCAGGAGGAGGAGCAAAGGACAGUUCGAAAGCAGAAAAUCUAACCGGUAUUCCUCCAAAAGCGGCAGGAGGAGGAGCAAAGGGUAAAAUAAUUGCUGUUAUUGGUGCCGUCGUUGAUGUAAAGUUUGAUAAAGAGUUGCCACCAAUAUUAAAUGCCCUUGAAGUACCGGGUCGGACACCCAGACUUAUUUUAGAAGUAGCACAACAUCUCGGUGAAAGUACGUGUCGUACUAUAGCUAUGGAUGGAACAGAAGGUCUGGUACGUGGUCAACCAGUUGUAGAUACUGGAGCUCCUAUCACAAUUCCUGUUGGUGAACCAACGCUUGGGAGGAUUAUUAAUGUUAUAGGAGAACCGAUUGAUGAACGGGGACCAAUAGCAACGGAUAAGUUUGCUCCAAUUCAUGCUGAUGCGCCACCAUUCGUUGAAAUGUCUGUGGAGCAAGAAAUCCUUGUCACUGGUAUCAAGGUCGUUGAUUUACUAGCUCCCUAUGUAAAAGGGGGUAAGAUUGGAUUAUUUGGAGGUGCUGGUGUUGGAAAAACAGUUUUAAUUAUGGAACUCAUCAAUAAUGUGGCCAAAGCUCAUGGUGGCUUUUCUGUAUUCGCAGGAGUCGGUGAACGUACAAGAGAGGGUAAUGAUUUAUAUAAUGAAAUGAAAGUUGGUGGUGUUAUUAAAGAAGAUUAUAAGCAGUCCAAAGUAGCUUUAGUAUAUGGGCAAAUGAAUGAGCCACCUGGAGCUCGAGCCCGCGUAGCUUUAACAGGUCUAACUUUAGCAGAACACUUUAGAGACAAAGAAGGUCAAGAUGUAUUAUUAUUCAUAGACAAUAUUUUUAGAUUCACUCAAGCAGGAUCGGAAGUGUCUGCUUUACUUGGUCGAAUUCCCUCUGCCGUAGGAUAUCAGCCAACAUUAGCUACAGACAUGGGUACAAUGCAGGAGAGAAUUACGACCACCACAACUGGUUCUAUUACAAGUGUACAAGCAGUAUACGUUCCAGCUGACGAUCUGACCGAUCCCGCUCCGGCCACCACAUUUGCCCACCUAGACGCCACAACGGUACUCUCUAGGGCCAUAGCUGAGUUGGGUGUAUAUCCUGCUGUGGAUCCCUUAGAUUCAACAUCUAGAGUGAUGGAUCCUAAUAUUAUAGGCGCCGAACAUUAUGGAGUAGCAAGAGGUGUUCAGAAAAUAUUACAAGAUUACAAAUCUCUGCAAGAUAUUAUUGCAAUUCUGGGAAUGGAUGAGUUGUCAGAGGACGAUAAAUUAACAGUGGCACGUGCACGAAAAAUUCAACGUUUCUUAUCACAGCCAUUUCAAGUAGCUGAGGUAUUUACCGGUCAUGUUGGUAAAAUGGUUAAAUUAGAAGAGACAAUUAAAGGUUUCAAGAGAAUUUUGGCUGGAGAAUUGGAUAAUAUACCAGAGGCUGCUUUUUAUAUGGUUAAUUUUAAUUCUGGGUGAAAUUCAACACACAAUAUAGCCACUUUUUGGGUCGCAGACCCAGCGGAGUGAGUGAGGUGAAGUUCAAUACAAUAUUAUUAAAAUUAAUCCGGCAAUUUAAUUGCAUUUCUACGGAUGCAUUACAUUAAAGCUCCAAAUAGUAUACAGACGGUUUAGAGGGGUUGACCUGUUAGGCUAGCAACACACAAGUCGACCGAAAGUUGCGCAACUAUACGCCUACUUAUUAAAGCACAAAUAUAAGCUUUACUGUAAGUUAAUUUAUAUAAUAUAAACUACAAUAACUCCAAGAGAAGAAUAGAUGCAUUACUGUAUUUGGUUUUAUUUUUUUUAAACUGCUAGGCGAGAUGUUCAAAAGCUUUCGUGCCUGGUAAAGCAAUUUUAUAGAACAUAUUUCAAUAGUUGAAGCCUUAAUAUCGCAAAUUUUUGAUCGCGAGACAUAAAAAUUAAAUCUUAUCUUAUCUCAUUGGAAAGAACAGUAUGUAUUGGAAAUAAGGAUGGUCGGGAACAAUGUUAUGCGUACAAUUUUUUUAUAUAAAAAAAUCGUGUUCAAUUUAUUUAAGCAAGUGUAGAGUUUAAUUAAACUAGUAACUUGAGUAACUUUUUUUGCCGCUUCCUUUGUACGUGUAUGCAACUCUUUAGUGGUAUUUGUCAUGGCUACCGAACAAAUGAUAUGUGUAUUUAAUUAAAUGUUGUGUGCACG